GGGGGGCGACGCUCACGGUACGUCACCGCGUGCGCUCGGCGCCCGACGGGAGGGGAGUGGGGAGGGGGGCGGGAAACGGAAGAUGACGAGCUCAGACCAACGUCUCGCGCUUGAGCUUCUUGUUCUCGGCUUUGAGGGCUUUGAGCUCGGCGCGGAGGGCGUCCACGGCACUCAUGCCGGUGGCCUUGCGCUUCUUGGGCGCGGCCUCGGACGCCUGCUUCGACAUCUCGUCCUCGCAGACCUCCUUGACGGCCGCCUUCUUCUCGUCGAGCGCGCCUUCGGGCGCGCCGAGCGCCGACUCCGCCGUGCGGCGGACCUUCUUCUGCGUGGCUUUGCCGUCGAGCUGGGCGAUGGUCUUCGAGCGCCGCGCGGCGCUCUGCGACGUCGAUGGCGCCUUGCGCUUGCUGCUCUUCUUCGGCACGAGCACGCCGAGCUCCGACGCCUGGAGCACCUUGACGCAUCGGCGCCGCGCCGCGACGAGCUUCGCGCUCGGCUGGUGCUUCGCGGGCAGCUCGCCGUGGAUGACUAGCGUCGUUCUGGACGUCAUGGUGUCGCUCGUGGAGGCGACGCCGCGCUCGGAUCUCAGGUACUCGCAGACCGCGGCCUUGUCGGCGAAG